UUUAACUGAUCUGAAUAUAAGCAUUAGCAGAUCGAUUCAUAACUCCAACACCUUUAGUUCAAGACAUUUUCUACUCAAGUCAUCAUGAAAUAUUUCUUCGUUCUUACGUUUGCUGUUGUGGCAGCUUUAUGCAUUGCCAUAUCAAAUGGUGCUAGUGCUCAAUAUGGUACCAGAUUAAUCCAUGAUAUUUUGUUGUACACAGAAUAUGUGAUAAAAGAUUCAUCUUGGUGGGGUUCAAUUACCAAAGAUGUAAGAUAUCCUCCUAAGGGUUUUUUUAACAACAAGAUUAUCACUUCAAUUGUUGUUACUGAUCAAACUGGAGGAAAGGACACCAGCACAGGAUAUUCUUCAUUGUCGGAGGGUGGACCUGGAUCCACAAUGGCUGUCGUACAUAUCAAAGCCCCACGUAAUUGUGCUAUGAAUUUUACUGUAGAGAUUUAUGGAUCACAUCACUGAUUUGUGUUAGCAAAAAUAACUCUGAAAAAUGUUCUAGGAUUGAACACAAAAAAAAAAAUCAUUUAAUUUUUUUUUUUUAA